AUGGAUAGGAUCGUGAGGCCGAACCUCGCUUCGGUCCUCCUGGAGGAGGUGCCCGCGGUGGUUUCGGUGGCCCUGUUGGCCCUGGCGGUGGUGCUCCGUACGGAGGAGGAUUUAACCCCGGCAUGGGAGGUGGAGCUCCAGGAGGCGGGCCCCCAGCUGCCGUUCAACGUUGGUUGGCAAGACCUGAAGGAUCUGUUCCGGCAGUCCGCACGAACUGGUGGGGUUAUUCGCGCCGAUGUUCAUCUCGGCCCCGACGGUCGCCCCAAGGGUUCUGGUAUCGUUGUUUUCGAGUCCCCCGACGAUGCGAAAAACGCUAUUCAGCAAUUCAACGGCUAUGACUGGCAAGGUCGCGUAAUUGAGGUUAGGGAGGACCGUUUCGCCAAUGCUGGUAUGGGUGCUGGCGGUUAUGGUGGCCGCGGUGGCUUCGGCGGUCGCGGUGGCUUCGGCGGUGGCUUCGGCGGCCGUGGAGGCUUCGGCGGUCGCGGUGGUUUCGGCGGCGGCAGUUAUGGUCGUGGAGGCUAUGGCGGCGGUCCUGGUGGUGGUCCUGGCGGCCCCAGCUUCGGUGGUCCUCCAGGCGGCGAUGCCUCUGUCCCUCCGAACCCUUUUACUGACAAUGCCACCGUCGGCACUGAGAAGAACGAGAUUAUCUACGUUCGCAACCUUCCUUGGUCUACGAGCAAUGACGAUCUCGUUGAGUUGUUCUCGACUAUCGGCAAGGUCGAGCAGGCCGAGAUCCAGUACGAGCCUAGUGGCCGCUCGCGUGGCAGCGGUGUUGUUCGCUUCGACAAUGCCGACACCGCCGAAACCGCCAUCAAUAAGUUUCAAGGAUAUCAGUACGGCGGCCGGCCUCUGGGUCUGAGCUACGUCAAGUACUUGAACCAGGGUGGUGGUGACGCCAUGGACACCGACCAUGGUGGAUUGACUCAGGACCAGAUCAUGUAAACCAAGCAUGAACACUUGCUUGUGCUCGAAUCGAACUCAGCCAUUGGAUCGUCAACAGCCACUGUCGACAAAUACAGUCAUCAACGUUAUUGGAUGAGUCAAAGCUGCCACAAGAUAUCACUUCCGCUC